AUGUCCGGUCAAGAUUGGAUCCCGCCAAAUAUUUCACCUAUAUGUUUAGAACAACACGCUCCAUUAACACAAUGCUCACCAACCGGGUAUAUGUUUCUUGCGUUAAUAUCACAGUUGUACGGCAGUGCAAGAAUGAGCGUUAAUCCGGAGAACGACUGGAAGUUUCCGAGUGACGGAAGUUCAGGAACGUUACCAAAUUUUGGAAGUCGUUUCGAACAUUUUAAAGCUCCUUUAGGACCCGUCCUAUUUAAAACCAGUGAUAUUUCAUCUAGACCGUCACUGGGGCCGGUGUUACACGAUGGUAUUUUGCCGAAAUAUAGUACUCAACUACGGAGUCAUGGGCCGGGACCAAGUGUUGGUAUUUCACAGACAUCAUCAUUUUUCCCUGAAUUUGAAUUUGAAAAAGAAUUUAGUAAAACAGACCCGUUUAAAAAAGAUUUUGAUAAUCCAUUUAAAAAAUAUAGUUCUCCUAGCUUUGAUUUUAAUUUCCAUAAGAGGAGUAUUUCUGAUGUGGAAGCAGCUGAAUCAAAAGUAAACUCUGCUAAGGAAGAGAAGAAUAAGAAUCAAGAAAAGAGUAGAAAGAAGAGACAAGCUUCAGAAACCUACGACUUCAUAGUUGUUGGUGCAGGAUCAGCAGGAUGUGUAGUAGCUAACCGGCUAUCUGAAGUUAAAAAGUGGAAGAUUCUGCUCAUAGAAGCUGGACCCGAAGAACCAGAUGUCACAAGCGUUCCGUCAUUCGCACCAGUACUAGGUAGGUCCAGUAUAGACUGGAAUUACAGAACCCAACCUGAGGAGAUGACCUGCAGAGCACAGAGGGGACAGACAUGUCCUUGGUUAAGCGGUCGCGUUAUGGGAGGAUCUAGUGCAAUUAAUUAUUUGGUAUAUAUGCGAGGCAAUAAAAGGGAUUAUGACAAAUGGGCUGAUCUUGGUAAUGUAGGCUGGAGUUAUAGAGAUGUUCUACCGUAUUUUAAGAAAUCAGAAAGCAAUCAAGACUUGGAAGCCAACGACAAAUAUCAUCAUGGUACUGAAGGACCCUUAAACGUAGAACGCUUUAAGUAUGUUGACUUGAAUGCUAUAAUGCUCGUGGAAGGUUUUAAAGAAAAAGGGUUCCCAUUAGUAGACUUUAAUGGUGAUCAGCAAAUCGGCACUAUGAUCACACAAACAACAUCCAAAGAUGGAAAAAGAGUAUCUACUAAUAAUGCUUUCAUAAAACUUAUACGAAAUAAAAGACCUAAUCUCACAUUAAUAACAAAUGCAGAAGUAACCAAAAUACUCAUAAACAAACAAAAAAAAACUUAUGGAAUAAGAUAUAUUAAAAACAGUACUUGGUACGAAGUGCGUGCAGAUAAAGAAAUAAUCAUAAGCGCAGGUGCUUUAAAUAGUCCAAAACUACUGAUGCUCUCUGGAAUCGGGCCAAAAGAUGAUUUGAAAACACUAAACAUACCAGUGAUAAAAGAUUUAAAAGUUGGCCAUAAUUUGCAAAACCACGCCACCACAGAAGCAGUACUAUUUAGUCUUAUCAAUAAGACUUCUACGUUAUUAUCGGGGGAUGAAAUGCUGAGAAAUAUCAAACAAUAUCAUAAACUUGGUACGAAAAACGAUCCACUUUCUUCUACUGGUGUUUUACAGAUGACAGCUUUUCAUAGAACAAAAUAUGCACGUGAAGAUGAAACGGUCCCUGAUAUACAAUUUCAUUUUGGUAAUAUGAAUUCAAAUGAUUUUUAUUCAGACCCAACUACGUAUUUAGCAAGCGCUAUUUUCCCAUUUUCUUUCUAUGACAGCAUAAAUGUUAGACCAAUCCUGUUACGUCCAGAAAGUAGAGGAUUCUUAACAUUAAACAAAACAGACCCUACUUUCGGUCAACCAUUGAUUUAUCCAAGAUUCUUCACAGUGAAAAAGGAUUUGGAUACAUUGAUAGCGGCGCUAAAGUUUGUUACUAAGUUAGAGAAUACAAAAGCUUUUAAAGAAAACGGAGCAAAGUUUAUUAAAAAACGAGUGAAUGCCUGCUCUAAAUUUAAAUGGGGAACGUAUAAAUAUUUUAAGUGUGUCAUAACAAGAUAUACUGGUACGAUAUAUCAUCCAUCAGGUACAUGUAAAAUGGGUCCUUCGUAUGACGAACAUGCAGUAGUUAAUCCAAGAUUAAAAGUUUAUGGAAUUCAAAAACUCAGAGUUGCCGAUGCUUCAAUUAUGCCGCAUAUUGUUAGUGGAAACACAAACGCACCUUGUAUCAUGAUUGGAGAGAAAGUCUCUGAAAUGAUUAAAGAUGAUUGAGGAAAAACUAUGGGUGGAUCCAGCGCAAUAAACUACAUGGUCUAUAUCAGGGGGAACAGAAGAGACUAUGAUUCCUGGGCCGAGCUCGGUAAUGAGGGGUGGAGUUAUAGAGAGGUACUACCAUACUUCAAAAAAGCUGAAAACAACCAAGAUCUAGAAGCCCAUGACAAGCACUACCAUUCGGUAGGUGGUCCUGUCAAUGUUGAAAGAUUCCGAUACCUCGACAUCAAUGCUAUGAUGCUUCUACAAGCUUUUAAAGAAAAAGGUUUACCCAUUAACGACCUAAAUGGCAAUAAUCAAAUGGGAACUGAUAUCAUUCAAAGUACGUCAAGAAAUGGCCAGAGAUUCUCCGCUAACUACGCAUACAUCAGGACCAUAAGACGCAAACGACCGAACCUACAUAUCAUAAAUAGCGCAUUUGCUACUAAGAUACUUAUUGAUCCUAUUACAAAGACAGCUUUUGGGGUUGAAUAUCUCAAAAAUGGUAUUCUAUAUACAGCUCAUGCAACAAAAGAAGUAAUUGUAAGUGGCGGCACUAUAAACUCUCCAAAAUUACUGAUGUUAUCUGGUAUUGGUCCUAAGUAUCAUUUGAAAAACCUAAACAUACCUGUUUUAGUACAUUUAAACGUGGGUAAUAAUCUGCAGGAUCAUGUCACUACCGACGCUUUUAUACUGGCUUUAAGUAAUAAAACCUCCACAGCUGUAAGUGGUCAGGAGUUAUUGGCAGAAGUAAAUAAAUAUUAUGCCCAACAUUCGCCAAAAACUGGUCCACUGUCUACUACGGGUACUUUACCAGUCACUGCUUUUAUUAGUACAGAUUACGAUGAGGUUCCUAAUAUUCAAUUUCAUUUCGAUGGGAGAAAUGUUAGAGAGUUUUACUCAGAUCCAACCACGUAUUUGUCUACAAACAUAUUUCCUUUAGCAUUCUAUGAUGGACUUGCUGUUAGACCUUUGCUAUUGACUCCUAAAAGUAGAGGUUACAUACUAUUAAACCAUACAGAUCCAACUUUUGGUCCACCAUUGAUUUACUCUAGAUUUUUUACGGAAAGAGAAGAUGUUUAUGCAUUGUUAGAGGCAUUUAAAUAUGCUAUGGAUAUGGAAGAGACGAGUGCAUUUAAGGCUAGCGGUGCUACUUAUGUUAAAAUACCCGUUGAAGCUUGUUCUUCGUACGAAUGGGGUACAGAAGAUUAUUUUGUUUGCUUGUUGAUUCAGUACACUUCUACUAUAUAUCAUCCAGUUGGUACGUGCAAAAUGGGGCCAAAGUAUGAUAAGGACGCAGUUGUUAAUUCAAGAUUAAAAGUAUAUGGUAUUGAACGGUUACGGGUAGUUGAUGCUUCGAUUAUGCCGCUAAUAGUAAGAGGCAAUACUAAUGCUCCAACGAUAAUGAUUGCUGAAAAAGCUUCUGAUAUGAUUAAAGAAGAUUGGUUUUAA